UCGUUGCUCUGGGACCUGCACGGUGUGGAAUCCUGUGCUGCAGAUCUGGGUGCGGAGGACACGGCGGGUGCCGCGGGGACCUGAAAACUCCGGAGCCGCAGUCUCCACGCGGGGCGGCCUGGGAAAGUCACAGUCAGCAGCGCAGUGGCGGGAACCGCAGCCCUGCGGCCCUGGAACCUCCCAGGGCAGCAAGCCAUCUAGUCAUUAUUCCUGAAAGAGAAACUCAUUGAAGAGAAACAGAAAUGGCUGAUUCUACAGUAAACAUGCCCCAGGGUCUAUCAACGUUCAGGGAUGUGACUGUGGACAUCUCCCAGGAGAAGGAAUGCCUGGACUCUUCUCAGAGGGAUUUGUACAAUGAUGUGAUGCUGGAGAAUUGUAGCAACCUGGUCUCUGUGGAUAACCAUUGGAUAUGCGAUCCUGUCCAUCACCAUGUGAAGACUGAAAAGGAGUCUUGCAAGUGUAAUGAGCUUGGCAAAGUGCUUCAUGACCCCUCCACAUGUGCACUUCAUAGAACAAGUGAAACUACAGAGUACACUAAUAACUACUCAUAUAGUAAUCACAGGAUUGCCUCUGUUGACUCAUCAAACCGAGAUAGGCAUGAAAGCAUACUCAGUGGAGAAGAACUUUGUAAACCUAAAGACUGUGAGAAAUCUUUAAAUAUGUGCUACAACAUUGCUCAAGAUCAUAGACUAUAUACUGCAAAGAAGCACCAUGGGCGGGGAAAAUAUGAUGACUGUUUCAGCUCUGCAUACAGUCUUAUGCAACAAACAAUCUGUAUUAGAGAGAAACAACACCAGUGUAAAGAAUGUGGAAAAUCCUUCAGUACUUCCUCAAACCUCAGUGUACAUCGGAGAAUUCAUACUGGAAAGAAGCCCUACAAGUGCAACUUUUGUGAAAAAUCCUUUACUCAGCGUUCAACUCUUAAAAUACAUCAAAGACUUCAUACUGGGGAGAAACCUUACAAAUGCAAAGAAUGUGGAAAGUCAUUUCGUCAGUUGUCAGGAUUUAAGAGCCAUCAGAAAUUGCAUACUGGGGAGGAGCCUUACAAAUGCAAAGAAUAUGGAAAGUCCUUUAUUGAAAAGUCAAGCCUUAAAGGGCAUUACAGAAUCCAUACUGGAGAGAAAUGCGAGGGCUCACUGAUCACCCAGACCUGCUCACCUGUGCAGCAGAACAAAGGGACCUGGAAGAUGGAAAGAGAGGAGACAGUAGCUAAGAAUCCAGGACAGCAAGAUAUUAAUUCAGAAAGCCAUCUAUUGUUCCUGGAAGAGAAACUUAAUGAAGAGAAACAACAUGAAAUGGCUGAUUCUACAGGACAUAUGUCCCAGGGUCUGUUGACAUUCAGAGAUGUGACUGUGGACAUCUCCCAGAACGAGUGGGAACUCAUGGACUCUGCUCAGAGGGCUUUGUACAUUGAUGUGAUGAUGGAAAAUUACAACAACCUUGUCUUCGUGGGGAACUAUUGCAAAUAUGAUCCUGUCCGUUUCCAUGUGAAAACUGAAAAGGAGUCUUGUCAGUGUAAUGAGCUUGGCAAAGUGCUUCAUGAUCCCUCCACAUGUGCACUUUAUAGAACAAGUGAAAUUACAGAAAACUCUAAUAACUACAGAUGCAGUAAUCAUAGGCAUGCCUUUCUUUUCUCAUCAAACCCAGAUAGACAUGAAAAAGAACCUUGCAAAUCUAGAGAAUGGGAGAAAUCUUUAAAUUUGUGUUCCAAUAUUACUCAAGAUCUAAGAACGUACACUGCAAAGAAAAAGCACAGGCAAGGAGAAUAUAAUGACUAUUUCAACUCCACAUUUGAUCUUUGGCAACAAGCAAUCUACAUAGGAAGAAAACCACACCAGUUUGGUAAAUAUGAUAAAUGCUUCAGUACUACCUCAAGCCUCACUUUACAUCAGAGAAUUCAUACUGGAGAGAAACCCUACAAGUGCAAUGUUUGUGACAAAUCCUUUACCUGGUGCUCAAAUCUUGAAAGACAUCAGAGAGUUCAUACUGGGGAAAAGCCUUAUAAAUGUGGAGUAUGUGACAAAUCCUUUAAUGUGAACUCGAGUCUUAAAAUGCACCAGAGAGUUCAUACCGGAGAGAAACCUUACAAAUGUAGGGAAUGUGGCAAAUCCUUUACUCAGAAUGCACAUCUUAAAAGGCAUCAGAGAGUUCAUACUGGAGAGAAACCUUACAGAUGUCAGAAAUGUGACAAAUCUUUUACUAAGUGUUCAACUCUUCAAGCACAUCAGAAAAUUCAUACUAAAGAGAAAACUUACAAAUGCAAAACCUGUGAUAUAUCCUUUACCCAGUAUUCAAACCUGAGAAAACAUCAAAGAAUUCAUCCUAAAGAGAGACCUUACUUCUGUAAGGAAUGUGGCAAAUUUUUUACUAGCAACUCUUAUCUUAAAGUACAUCAGAAAAUUCAUACUGGAGAAAAACCUUACAAAUGUAAAGAGUGUGGCAAAUCCUUCACCCAGUGCUCAACUCUUAGAGCACAUUACAGAGUUCAUACUCAAGAGAGACCUUGUAUCUGUAAGGAAUGUGGCAAAUCUUUUACUAAGUCCUCAAUUUUUCGAGCACAUCAAAAAAUUCAUACUGAAGAGAAAAAUACUGUUGUAAAUUAAAUGACAUAGCAUUUAUCUUGUAUUCUGUUUUUACAAAUCAUAACAGUAUACAUAAAAGAAACAAAGAUUAGAAACUUGUAAAAGCCUUUAAAGUUUUAAAUCUUGGAAAGUACCAUGGUUUGUAUUAAAUUAAAAUUCUGCAAUUCU